AUGGUUACCACUUUGAACAAAACACUUCCUGAUCUGUCAAAACUUAAGCCUUUAGAUGGAAACAAUUAUAAGUGUUGGUCCCAGAAACAUUUUAUUUUCUUUGAACAUUUAGAAGUUGAUUACAUUUUGUUUAACGAACCACCUGUUGUUGUUGUUGUUGUUGUUAUUUAUAGUUCUAAUGUUAAUACGACUGUUGUUGAAGAUGCUGCUAAGAAAAAAUUUGAAAAGGAUAAUAAAACUGUUGGAGGGCAUCUUCUUAACCAUAUGACUAACCCUCUCUUUGAUUUGUUUAUAAAUUAUAAAUCUGCUAAAGUUAUAUGGGACAAUUUGGAGAAGAAAUAUGGUGCAAAUAAUAUGGGAAAAAAGAAGUAUGUGGUUGAAAAGUGGAUCAAGUUUCAGAUAGUCGAUGAUAAGCCGAUCAUGGAGCAGAUUCACGAGUAUGAGAACUUGACUGUUGAUGUUUUGAACGAAGGCAUGGAGAUGUGUGAGAUUCUUCAGGUUAAUGUUCUCUGCUUAGAAAAGUUUCCUCCUUCCUGGAGUGAUUACAGGAAUCAGCUAAAACAUAAGAAGAAAAACUUAACUCUUCAAGAACUGAUCAGUCAAAUGAGGACUGAGGAAGCAAACCGUCUCAAAGAUGAAGAGUCUGAACCGCUUAAGGAUAAGAUGAAAUCUUUCUCUCUCUCUUAA